AUGUAACAAUAAUAACUUCAUGAUAUUUCACCAUGGAAUCAAAAUAAUGAUGAUCUUUUAACUGUAACUGAAUAAUAAGUAGAUGAAUUCAAAACUAAUUAUGAAAACUUUCAAUAAUAAUAGGAUUAAUAUAAAAAGUAGAAAGUAAUAAAAGUAAACACAAUUAAUUGUAGAGGUGAAACAAGAUUAAUACGCAAAUUAAUAUCAAAAUAUAAUUGGAAAGAAGUUUUUAAUGAUGGUGAUAUUUGUAUGUUAGGAUUACCAUUUAAAUAAUAAAAUUAUGAUGAAUAUUUAACAUAAUCUGUUAAUCGAUUCCCAGGAAUGGAUUUAUUAGCUCAUAAAACAUAAUCAUCAUUUUAUUUGAAUAAAUUUGCUUAAUAUUUUCCAGAUGAAUAUCAGUUCUUUCCUAAAACUUACAUUAUCCCUGAUGAACUUGAUAAAUUUUAAAAGGAAUAUAAAAGUACUCGAACUUAUAUAGCAAAACCUGAUGCAGGAUCUUAAGGGGAUGGAAUUUAUUUGAUAAAAAAUUUAAAAGACAUCAAAAAUUAUGAAAGUAUAGUAAUACAAUAAUAUAUCUCAAAACCUUUAUUAAUAGAUAAAAAGAAAUUUGAUCUACGAUUAUAUGUUCUAAUAACAUCUCUUGAUCCUUAUAUAUGUUAUAUUAAUAAGGAAGGACUAGCAAGAUUUUGUACUGUAGAUUAUGAAAAACCUAAUGAUAAAAAUAUAAGGAAUCCAUUUAUGCAUUUAACCAAUUAUUCUCUUAAUAAAAGAAAUACUAAUUUCUAAGUUUAUAAUGGUCAAAAUAUAUUAGAUAUAAAUGAAGGAACUAAAAGAACUUAUACAUCCAUUAAAAAAAAUUUAGAAAUUUUAGGAUACAACAAUAAAGAUAUUGAAGAUGAAAUUGAAACUUUAGUUGUUGCUUAUUUAAAAAGUUUACUUCCAUUUUUAGAAUUCAAUUAAAAAUUAGUAUUUCAAAAAAGAGUAUCAGAAAUCAAAUGCUUUUAAGUCUUAGGAUUUGAUAUUUUACUUGAUGAAAAAGGUAAACCAUGGUUAUUAGAAGUUAAUUCUAAUCCAAGUCUUUAAAUUGAACAUGAAGUUUUUUAAGCAAAUGGGAAAUCUGUUUUUGAAGAAUCUUUGAUAGAUAGUUAUGUCAAAGAAUUAGUUGUUGGUGAUGCAAUAAAAUUAGCAAUGAUGUCUAAAGAAGAUUAAGAAGAACUUUAAGGAUUUGAAAGUUAUAAAAAAUUGGAUGUUGAUUAAAGUGAAACCAUAUUCUCAAAAAUUAUGUAAAUUUAUGGUUUUUUAUCUGGAUACAAAUUUUAGGAAUAUUUGACAUCUUCUAAGUUUUAGAAAUUAGCAAAUUUCCCAUAAAUGAUUUCAUAGACAUUUUUAAAACAUGAUUAUGAUUUACUAUUCAGGAAAAUUAUUUUGAGAUCAUGUAAUACAAAUUUAAUGGAUUUCUUUCAAUUUAUUAAUGCAAUUGAAUAACUUGCUGGUAAAUUAAAUUAAGAUUUAGAUGAAAUGCUUGAUAGAAUAAUUUCGAAUUUUUGA